CUUUAGAGACAUCACAGCGCAGUGCGCUUUGUAUUUAUUUUGUUGCAGCCUCUUUUCGGCUCAGUUCUAGACGGACCCUUUGCUCCCAUCAGCCAAAGAGCAGUGUGUGCCGGUUGCAGACGUGGCAAGGGUUAAGGAUGCCGUUUGCAAUGACGCCAUUGUGUACCGACCCCUCCCCUGGGUUCAGUGAGGCUCUUAUAAAAAGGCCUCCAAAUUCCCCCCGGCCUGGUAAAGGGGCCGAAUGUGUGCAAGGCGUGCUUCCGCCGUACGCGUCUCCAUGUUUUGCUAACUACGCCGCCGUUGGCCCUUUGAUGCAAGCAGACCAGCGCGGCGCUCCACUCAGGAGCUCUCCAUGAACGACAUUCUCCAAGUGUCCCGAGUUUGGCUUGAGUCAGACUUUCCAGUUUGAACGAGGUGUUAGUGUGCAGGGUGGGGUGCGUCUCUCUUGAGCUGACUGAGAAUUUGUGUUGAGUCCAAUUUCGGGUCACCAUGUGGGAAUUACGGUCCGUGUCUUUCUGGCGAGCGGUGAUCGCCGAGUUCUACGGCACCAUGUUCUUCGUCUUCUUCGGCUUGGGGGCCGCCCUCCGCUGGACCACGGGACCCCACAACGUCCUGCACGUGGCCUUCUGCUUCGGGCUGGCGGCCGCUACCUUCAUCCAGUCCAUUGGCCACAUCAGCGGCGGACACAUCAACCCGGCGGUGACCUUCGCCUUCCUGGUCGGCUCCCAGAUGUCGCUGUUCCGCGCCAUCUUCUACAUAGUGGCCCAAUGUCUGGGAGCCCUGGCUGGUGCCGCCGUGCUCUAUGGGGUCACGCCCAUCAACAUGAGGGGCAACUUGGUCCUGAACACGCUGCAGCCGGGCAUCAGUCUGGGCAUGGCCACCACCAUGGAAGUCUUCCUCACCCUGCAGCUGGUGGUCUGCAUCUUUGCCGUGACGGACGAGCGUCGCAACGGGCGCUUGGGAUCUGCUGCGCUGGCUAUCGGUUUCUCAGUGCUGAUGGGACAUCUUCUCGGGAUUUACUACACUGGAGCAGGGAUGAACCCAGCGAGGUCCUUCGCUCCAGCUGUGCUCGUCCGGAAUUUUGUCAAUCAUUGGGUAUACUGGGUGGGGCCUUUGAUCGGCGGCACUAUCGGCGCUCUGCUCUAUGACUUCAUGCUCUUCCCGCGAAUGCGCAGCCUCUCCGAGAGGCUCGCCACACUGAAGGGCACUCGGCCCCCGGAGUCCGAGGGCCCACAGGAGACAAGGGGAGAGCCCGUGGAGCUCAAAACACAGGCCCUAUAAGGCCGCAGAAGAGCCGCGAGCUACUGGUCAAACACCUCUUUCCAUUUCAAUCCUGGUUCUGACAGCAGAAUUGGGUCUCCUCCCUCCCUUUGGACUGCAGGACAAAGAUGAAGGCUUUCGACCAAGUCACCUUCUUUCUUUUCGCUCGUUUUUUUUUUUUUUCCUUCUUUUGGGCUAGGAGUGAAGCUAUACAGUAGAGACUUCAGCAUACUUUUCUUUAUUCAGCCGCCAUGAUUUUGCUCUUUGCUUUGUUCCACUUCAUUUAACGUGUGUAUUGUACUUUACCAGAAUGAAUCCCAUUUUUUAAGUGUGUGUGUCAGAGAAUGCUUUUUGUCAGAGAAUGAUUGUUGUCUGUCACUGUAUGUAGGCUUGUUUUACCACUUUUCUUUUUUAAAUUUCAUUUCUGCACAUGUAUGCGAAUUAUAAAUCAUCCAAACUUAGUUUUAAUCAGGGUGCUGAUAAAAAAAAUUCAACUAUUUACAAAUAGUCACUGCUCGAUAUCUAUCAAUCAGUCAAAUCAAACUUUAUUUGGAGAACACUUUUCAUACUACAUAUGAUAUUCAAAUCAAAUCUUGUGUUGCCAUUUUUUUCUUUUUUAAAUUAAAAAAAGUAAAUGUGGAAACAUGCUUUUUAAUGGACAGAUGAAAUGCCAAAAAUCACAAAUUUUCUUUGAGAAAUAUUUGAGGCCUUAUCAUUUUGGAGCAAAGGAACACACACACACACACACACACACACACACACACACACACACACACACACACACACACACACACACACACACACACACACACAAUCACAUUGUUGGUGUCCAAUGAAAAGCAUGGAUCUACAAAAGCCAAAUUGAAAGGGAUUUUUUGUUGUUGUUGGUUACAAAAUAGAUUAGUGGACAGAUAAAUCAGCAUAGCCAAUCUUCAUUUAGUCAUGAUUGGAGCCUUUUAAAAAGAGCCCUAUGCUCAUUUAGUAUAAUAAUUCUUAAACACACAAUGUUGAGAUCCAUGCUGUUGAAAGGACUCUUCAGCGAAGGUAGAGAUCAUCAUUAUGAAUUUGCCACUUGAUCUGCAGGUAUAUACAACUUCAAACGAAAAAAGGGCCCCGUUUCAAUGUCAAUUUGGUCCCCUUCCACUUUUUCCUACUGUUGGUUUGCAUUUCCUCGUGUUUGUCAAAGCUGAGCGGCUAGAGCACAUACACAGGCUGCUGUUGCGUGACAUCAGGAUGGAGGUCAAGACUCCACUGCCCACCCCAAAAAAAUCAGAGUGCAUGAAGUGCGCUCCCUUGAAAACCACAUGCUCGAUGUUAUGCUCCAAUGAUCACAUUGCCUCAUUGGCCAGACAUGCAAGCUUCUGCCGUUUCCUGUGUGGUUUCCCUGACAAGCGACGGGUUGAAUAGAUUUUAGUGAGGCAUUCAGAAUUGUUUUUACUUUUUUGUGAUGUACAGUGCACAAAUUGUCUCUCUCUCUUUUUUUUAACGACGUUUGAGGAUUUUUGAAGCUAAUAAUACAGUCAUCAUCAUAUACACUUG